CUCUCUCUGCGGCUUGUCAGUGAGUCCGGCUCUGGCUUCUGGCAGAGGCGGCCGCGAGGGGAGAGGUUGGAGGUGACAGCUUGGGCGGCCGCCGCAUUUUCUCUUGCGCGGGGUCCGGGCUCUCCGCGCCUUCUCCGCUCUUGGUGGCACCGUCCCCGCGGCUCUGGCCGCGCCUCCUCUCGGGCUAGCGGCAGCGGGAGCCGGCAGCCGCCGCAGCCUCCCCGUCCUCAGCCCUUUCUCUCCAGAACCGGUCUCCUUCCCGAAGGACCGGGGAAGAGGAAAAGGAAAGGGGAAGGAGGAAAGAGAAGGGAAGACCGCGACCACACUGCCAACCACCAGAAACUUUCCACCCUGGAUUCUCUAGUUUUGCUCCAUGGACAGAGCCCCAGCCAGCCAAGUUUCAGACAGACCGUGAGCAGUCCCUGCGCGUUUUAUUGCGACCUGCCGGUGGGAACUUUGUCUCCAAAUCGGAGCAGCAUGGAGCGGCGGAGCGAGAGCCCGUGUCUGCGGGACAGCCCCGACCGAAGGAGCGGCAGUCCCGACGUCAAGGGGCCUCCCCCGGUGAAGGUGGCCCGGCUGGAGCAGAACGGCAGCCCCAUGGGAGCCCGCGGGAGGCCCAACGGCGCCGUGGCCAAGGCCGUGGGAGGUAACAGCCCGGAGCUGGGAGGUUUGAUGAUUCCAGUCUUCUGUGUGGUGGAGCAGUUGGAUGGCUCUCUCGAAUAUGACAACAGAGAAGAACAUGCCGAGUUCGUCUUGGUGCGAAAAGAUGUGCUUUUUAGCCAGCUGGUGGAGACCGCGCUCCUGGCCCUGGGGUAUUCUCACAGCUCUGCAGCUCAGGCCCAAGGAAUAAUCAAGCUGGGGAGGUGGAACCCUCUCCCCCUCAGCUAUGUGACAGACGCCCCUGAUGCGACUGUGGCCGACAUGCUGCAAGAUGUCUAUCACGUUGUGACGCUGAAGAUCCAAUUACAAAGUUGCUCGAAGUUGGAAGACUUGCCCGCAGAGCAAUGGAACCAUGCCACGGUCCGAAAUGCCUUAAAGGAACUGCUCAAAGAGAUGAACCAGAGCACGCUAGCCAAAGAAUGCCCUCUCUCCCAGAGUAUGAUUUCAUCCAUUGUAAAUAGCACAUAUUAUGCCAAUGUGUCAGCAACCAAGUGCCAGGAGUUUGGGAGAUGGUAUAAAAAGUAUAAGAAGAUUAAAGUGGAGAGAGUGGAGCGGGAAAACCUUUCAGACUAUUGUGUUCUGGGCCAGCGUUCAAUGCAUUUACCAAAUAUGAACCAGCUGGCAUCCCUGGGCAAAACCAACGAACAGUCUCCUCAUAGCCAAAUCCACCACAGUACUCCAAUCCGAAACCAAGUGCCCGCCUUACAGCCCAUCAUGAGCCCUGGUCUGCUCUCACCCCAGCUCAGUCCACAGCUUGUCAGGCAGCAAAUAGCCAUGGCCCAUCUGAUAAACCAACAGAUUGCCGUUAGCCGGCUCCUGGCUCACCAGCAUCCUCAAGCCAUCAACCAGCAGUUCUUGAACCAUCCACCUAUCCCCAGAGCAGUUAAGCCAGAGCCAACCAACUCCUCUGUGGAAGUCUCUCCUGAUAUCUACCAGCAAGUUAGAGAUGAGCUGAAGAGGGCCAGCGUGUCUCAAGCUGUCUUUGCAAGAGUGGCAUUCAACCGCACACAGGGAUUACUGUCAGAGAUACUGCGCAAGGAAGAGGACCCCAGGACCGCGUCUCAGUCUCUCCUGGUCAACCUGAGGGCCAUGCAGAACUUCCUCAAUCUGCCGGAAGUGGAGCGCGAUCGCAUUUACCAGGACGAGCGGGAGCGGAGCAUGAACCCCAAUGUGAGCAUGGUCUCCUCUGCCUCAAGCAGCCCCAGCUCCUCCCGAACCCCACAGGCCAAAACCUCGACACCGACAACAGACCUUCCUAUUAAGGUGGACGGCGCCAACGUCAACAUCACAGCUGCCAUUUAUGACGAGAUCCAACAGGAGAUGAAAAGGGCCAAGGUGUCUCAAGCCCUGUUUGCCAAAGUGGCUGCAAACAAAAGUCAGGGCUGGCUCUGUGAACUGCUUCGCUGGAAGGAGAACCCCAGCCCAGAAAACCGCACCCUGUGGGAGAAUCUCUGCACCAUCCGCCGCUUCCUGAAUCUUCCCCAGCACGAGAGGGACGUGAUCUAUGAGGAAGAAUCGAGACAUCACCACAGCGAGCGCAUGCAGCACGUGGUCCAGCUCCCACCGGAGCCUGUGCAGGUCCUUCAUCGACAGCAGUCCCAGCCGCCCAAGGAGAGCUCUCCUCCCAGAGAAGAAGCGCCCCCGCCCCCUCCUCCAGCUGAAGACAGCUGUGCCAAAAAACCUCGGUCUCGCACGAAGAUCUCCUUGGAAGCCCUGGGCAUCCUCCAAAGCUUCAUCCACGAUGUAGGCCUCUAUCCGGACCAGGAAGCCAUCCACACACUCUCAGCCCAGCUCGAUCUCCCCAAACACACCAUCAUCAAGUUCUUCCAGAACCAGAGGUACCACGUGAAGCAUCACGGCAAGCUGAAGGAGCACCUGGGCUCUGCCGUGGAUGUGGCCGAGUAUAAGGACGAGGAGCUGCUGACGGAAUCGGAGGAGAACGACAGUGAGGAAGGCUCCGAGGAAAUGUACAAGGUGGAGGCCGAGGAGGAGAACGCCGAGAAAAACAAGGCGGCGCCUGCAGAAACCGACCAGAGAUAAUGUGAACUCCACCAGGCAAAGCAAUAUAUGGGUCCAAGGACUUUCUGUUUUAGUUUCUUAAAAAAAAAAAAUCUUCUUGGCUUUGUUUUAUUUUGUUUUGUUUUUAAAUGUCUGUUUUCUUUUUCUUACCCUUAAUGGCAUCCCUCUGUUACACAGGAUAGCCUAUAGACUGAGUAAGCUCAGAGUCGCCUUGGCAAAGACACUAAGUGUUAAACUUUUACAAUGACUGGACCAUAGUAAUUCUAGUCAUGGGAGACCCUGCCGUCAUUCUCCUUGCAUUUACGGAAGAGAAGAGGCAAGUUCCAGGAUGGAAAGACCCACGAAAUAAAUGAAGGAAGCUACAAGUGUGUGUAUAUGUAUAUGUACAUAUCUCUAUAUUUACAUAUAUAUAUUAAAAAUUGCAUGGGACAGAGAACAUUACAAUCUGAAAGACUAGACUGUGAAAUGAGUUCUUAAAGAAAAGACUCGUUUAUGUAUAAAAAAAAAAUACCACUUCACAGUGAGUCGCUUUGACUUUUUGAGAAACUGCGGCCUGCUCUCAGGGCGGGGUGACUAUUUUUGAAUUCCUAUUUAUUUUGUGUGUUUGUCCCUGAUUUUUUUUUUUUUUUUAAUUCUAUGGCUUCCUAUCUGGCAGCUUAAUGGGUAAUUUUUGAGGUAUGUAUUUAACAAAAUAACACUGCCAAAAAAAAAAAAAGUGAGAGAAAGAAGGAAAAGAGAAAGAAAAUCAGGGCAUGUUAAAAAAAAAAAAGACACAAGACAAAUUACUGUUAGAGAAAUAACGCACACUUUAAAACAAUGACUCAAGGCCGUGCCCCUCCACAUUCCGUUACUGAGCAUGUCAGCACUGUAGCCGCUGUGUUCUGUGCAAUUCCAAGCGAAGUUCAGUGCAGAGGAAACUUGACCAUUAGCGCAGUCUCGAAACCUGACAUUUUGACAUUGGACUUACGGAAUUCAUGCUAUGAGCCACAUUUUGUCGUGAAGUUUAUUUACCUGCUUGUGGCUUCAAACCUUAAGAGUUUAUUAAGCCUGCUCGUUUAAAAUUGUUGGUUGUUACUGUUUAUUUGCCUUUUGUUUGUUUCUGGUUUGUUUUCUUUUAAAUAGAACAUAGUCUCGAUGUAAUGUUUGGUUAGAGAAAGAAGUUCCUGCCCGGUUAGAGGGGCUCCCGUUCAAAUAAGUCUCCACCCGCCCUCUCCCCAAGUGUUUCUUACUCCUCUUCCAUUUUGGACUUCCUCUUCUUCAUACACAAUUCCAUUCACUUUAGCCAAGUCUCUGCAGACCCUGGGCUCGCACGCCUCCAUGCCUUCCCCUGCCAUAGCAGCCCCAAACAGGAACCUGGCUUUGCAUCAUUCUGCACCUCCAGGCAAUAGAGAGAGUGAAGCAUUUCAGCAGAGUCACCUACUCCUCGGAAAAGGAAAUACCGUCCCAGUGCCCCACGUAGCGCUUACCUGACGUAAAGCAGAACUAAUGGCAGCGGGCUGUUUUGUGGAACGAGCGUUAAAGCUGCAGUCUACUACAGUUUGCCAAAUCUCCUUCAGUUUCUUAUUAGAAACAGUAGCGUUAGCUUCCAGUUCCACCGACAGUGACGGCAGGAGACCUCCCGUUUGGGACCCGCCUCUGGAACCCACGCCAGGCUAGAGAUGGCCGAACAGCAGUCCCAUGUGUUUGUUUUGUUUUUGAGUUGUAUCCUCAUGCAACCUUGUCAAAGACCUCAUGCAAUAUCACUUUGAAAUUUAUUUUCUGUUUACUACACAAACAUUGUAAUAUAACUGUUAAUACUAUUUAUAUAUUUGAAAGGUAUAAGAGGUAGGAGUUUUAAAAAACCCCUCUAUGUGUACAUAUUAACUCAGAACUUACACUCUACAGGGAGAAGACACGUUGCAAUACAAGCUAAUUGUAGCUGCUUAGUAACCUCUGGAGUUUUCAAAGGGACAUUUUCCUGUACUUUUUCAAAUAACAAUGUUUAAAACAGUUACCUUGACAUGAGCGUCAUGCAUCUUUGCAAAAGGAUGGCUGUUUGCAGUUGAGGCCUGGGCCGGCCCUUCCUGUUUCCGUAGAUGCUGCAGCUUUAAUCAGAGAGUCCACAGUUGCUGCUUCCUGAUCUCCGAGUUACUCUUUUCCAAAUUGUCUUCUGACACUGUUGCUGAAGUCAGUCUGUACACAUCCUAGACACCGAUUUUUUUUGCCAAGCUCUUACAGGUGGUUCAUCGACCGACGGCAUCCGCAUUUGGUAUCUUUUACACUUCAACCAAAAAUUUAUUAGGUAUUUUUCAAUGCUAAGUCUUGCCUUUUAUUUUUUAAUUUCACUGCCAAGUUUGCAGUGGUUCUAAGUGAAUCUGUGGGCAUUUUAGCCUGUGGUCUUGCCAGAUCUUUGCGAAUUACAAUGCAUAUAUGUAUUUAUUCAAUAUCUGUCAUAUAAUAUCUAUUUGGAAGAAGAAACUUUCUCUUGUAGUGCCUCUUGACAAAGCACAAUUUCCCGCCUUUUUUUUUUUGUGAAAUGAAGAAAAAAAAAAAAAACAAAUUGUGUUUUAUUGCAGUAUCAAUAAUGUGAAUAAGGAUUAACAUAUUGUAAAUGUUCUUUUUUCCAUGUAAAUCAACUAUCUUUGUUAUCACUAAGUGAUAAUUUUUAACUUAUGUGCAUUGUUAGGCUGUUAGAAUUUUUUGGUUGUUAAAUAAAAACGCAUUCAAUAAAUCUGA